GACAAAAACUGUUAUGUUCAGUGCGCUAUAGAACUCAGCGCAGGCGUCAAGCUUGUAUAAGUCACUGUAUAGUGACUUUUAAGUUAUAUUAACAAUAGUUAUUACAAAUUACACAAGAUGGCGUUUCGAUCCAAGGUCACAUUCCUUUUUUUGACAUGUUUAAUAGUAUUAGCAUCGUCAGCAGUACCAAAGAAAUCGGGCAGAAAACCGGCAAAUCCCCCGCCGCGGGCCGUCGCUGAUCCCGAGAAAGAUGCUGAAAUCACAAAUUCUUGUCCAGAAGAUGGAUUCUUCGCUGAUGCUGAACAAUGUGACAAAUACUAUGAGUGCAGAAACGGUGAGAUAAUCGAAAAGUUGUGUCCCGAUGGCAUGGUGUUCAAUGAUUACAAUCCGCUGGAGGAGAAGUGCGACCUGCCCUUCAACCUGGACUGCUCGCAGCGACCCAAGCUACAGGAGCCGAUACCAUCAUUGCAUUGCGUGCGUCAAAACGGUUACUUCUCGCACGAGGACCCGAAAGAAUGCGGCAAAUUCUACUACUGCGUGGAUGGCAAGUUCAACAUGAUCACAUGUCCCGAUGGCCUUGUGUACAACGACAAGACCGGCAUCUGCACCUGGCCUGAUGAGGCUAAGAAGAAGGGAUGCGGAGCUGCUGAUGUGUUCCAAUUCGACUGUCCUGCGGUAAAUGAGACAUUCGGUCUGACACAUCCGCGGUACGCCGACCCUGAUGACUGCCAAUUCUUCUACGUGUGCAUCAACGGCAACACGCCACGUCGCUCUGGCUGCAAGCUGGGACAGGCUUUCGAUGACGUCAACAAGAAAUGCGAGUGGGCAAGGAAAGUUCCCGAAUGCGCGGAUUGGUACAAAGGACAACUGACAGACGCCGAGCUGGACGCUCUCGAAAACCCGCCGACUCCUAAGCCCAAGCCCGCAGGCUCCCAGCCCUCGAGGCGCAAGCCACAGCGCCCCAAAUUGAAAGAGGUGCAGAUCGAAGAAUAAACAAUUACUUUAGUUAGGCUAAUAAAAUAAGUUUAUACACAAA